UUUACAUCAAUUACUCAUGUAUGGUCAGAACAAGCAGAAAUCAGUAACUAUGAGUUAAAAUGUGCUACUUCGUCCCCCAAAACGGACCACCGCAUUACGAAAUUGCAUCGUAUUCUCAACUGCUUGAUCUGAGUUCUACCGAUUUGUUCAGUGUGUUAGCUACUUUUAACUUUUAUGCUGUAGCUUACGUUAAUAUUCUAUAGUAUCACCAUGUCGGUGGCAUUUGCACCUCACAGACAGCGUGGGAAGGGUGAUAUAACACCCGCUGGAAUACAAAAGUUACUUGAUGAAAACAACCAGCUGAUCCAGUGCAUAAUGGAUUUCCAGAGUAAAGGCAAAACGGCUGAGUGUUCACAGUAUCAACAGAUGCUGCACAGAAAUUUAGUGUACUUGGCGACGAUAGCAGACUCCAAUCAGAACAUGCAGUCUCUCCUCCCUGCUCCGCCCACUCAAAAUAUGCCCAUGGGUCCUGGUGGCAUGAACCAAAGUGGCCCCCCUCCUCAGCCUCCUCACGGUCACAACAUGCCCUCUGAGGGUAUGGUCAGCGGCGGCCCUCCAGCCCCACAUAUGCAGAACCAGAUGAAUGGACAGAUGCCUGGACCUAAUCACAUGCCCAUGCAAGGUCCUGGUCCAGGCCCCAACCAGCCCCCGAACAUGCCCAGUGGCUCUAUGAAUAUGCCCCCCAGCAGCCACGGCUCCAUGGGUGGCUACAAUCACGCUGUCCCUUCCUCCCAGGGCAUGCCAUCUCAGAGCCAAAUGAAUAUGACCCAAGGCCAACCCAUGGGAAACUAUGGGCCUCGUCCAAACAUGAACAUGCAGCCCAAUCAAGGUCCAAUGAUGCACCAGCAGCCUCCCUCACAGCAAUAUAACAUGCCUCCUGGUGGUGGUGGACAGCACUACCAAGGACAACAGAACCCAAUGGGCAUGAUUGGCCAAGUCAACCAGGGGAAUCAUGUCAUGGGGCAAAGGCCAAUGCCGCCCUACAGACCCCCACAGCAAGGACCCCCUCAGCAGUAUCCAGGGCAGGAAGACUACUAUGGGGACCAGUACAGUCACGCAGGACAGGGAGCAUCAGAAGGUAAUGCUCAAUAUGGCCAGCAGCAGGAGGCAUACCAGCAAGGCCCACCUCAGCAACAGGGAUAUCCUCCUCAGCAGCAGUACCCAGGUCAACAGGGCUAUCCACCCCAACAACAGGGAUAUGGUCCCUCCCAAAGUGCCCCAGGACAGUAUCCUAACUAUCCUCAAGGGCAGGGACAGCAGUAUGGGGGCUAUCGCCCUCCACAACCCGGUCCCCCACAGGGCCAACAGCAGCGCCCUUAUGGUUAUGACCAGGGGCACAUGAGGAAAUAAAGACCCGGGGAUUUGAACCCCUGACUAGCUCUGUAAGAAGCAAAGGGCCAGUAUGGAAAUUACCAGCAAUGAGAAGUGAUCACAGCAACCAACACAGCUCUGCUCUGAUCUCUAAGCUCUGACCUCUGGUCAGUUACGAAGCAGACUUUAAUGAUGGUUUUAAUCUCUCGGACACAAACACACAAUGCUCAAAAAUACAAGAUACAGUUUCCCCUCUCUUUGGGAUUUUAUCUUUGCUGAUAAGAUGUAGUCAUGUUUAUCAUAUUUGCUGACAUUACGUCAAAGUCAGCGAGUCACCUCUGGUCCAGUAUGUCUCAAAGCAGCAAUGCCUUAAAAAUGGAACUGCCUUAUCCUUUAGCAUUGCAGAUUGUGAAAUGGGCUAACAAAAUUUUGGAUAACACAUGAUGUAAAUGUACAGUUUGAAUCUACGUGGUGCAUUGUUUCUCGAUCCUUCAGCUCCCCGAUCAUCAGAAGCAAUAAUGCCAGCAGUAGGUAAUUGUGUGGGGGACAGGGAAAGAUGAAAUGGUGCACCAAGUGAACUUCCAGCUAGGCCAUGGUACAUGUCUUGAUGUAUGUGAUGAUGUAAAAAUAUAUUUUAUGCUUUUUAGAUCAAGCUAACUUUGUAUAAGACAUUGGAAACUAGUACUAAAGCUGUGUUGUUAAUUUCA